AUGCUGAGGAAACUCAUCUCUAAAGUCGUUCGGCGCCCAUCGCGACCAGCCAAGGGCCGCGAGGAGACCUCUAGCAUCGGCGAUAAAUUAGCCCUUCUGCGCGCAGACCUAGACCGUGAUGACAUACGCAAACACGUUCGAGAAUGUCUGGAAGGGAAGAGCAAAAAUUAUCGAAUGGAAGAACUCUUUGUUAUAUAUGAAGAUAUGAGCAUGGCCGAACAGAACAGCUUCAAGGCCCUAUAUGAAAAGACUAAGCAGCAGACAGUGAACGAGGACUGGUGGACGGAAUUUGACGGUCUUUGGGCGAAGCUUUGGUCGACUGGGUCUGUAUCGAAGAAGCUCAUGGCGAGAAAUGGCUGCAACCAUCACGACGAUACGUUGUUCGGUGCCGUUGAGGUUUAA